AUGAUUUUAUACAAAUCUAUUCCAUAUCUCUUUCUUCCGUUAAUCUCAUUAACAAUUAUUUCUGCUCAAACACCAUUGUAUACAGCUUAUCAAACAGGUUUUCCAUAUAACACAACAUGCUCAACAAAUCAAUAUUUUGAUGUUGCCUUAUUACAAUGUUCACCUUGUCCACAAAAUGCACAACAGAAAGUAAAUGAUCCAACACAAUGUGAUUGUGUCAAUAAUUCAUACUAUUAUGAUGUAAAUCAAGGUGGCGGUUCAUUGAGAUGUAUACUUUGCAAUUCAGCUUAUACACGAUCAAGUGAUGGAUUUGGAUGUAUUGCAUCAGCUAUUACAUGCAAUUCAACAAUAUCGAAUGCAGUUCUUACUGAAUCAGAUAUCACUGGUAAUCAAAUUGGAACUUUAUCAAGUUCUUCAAGUCAACCAAGACUUGGAAGUGAAAUCUGUACUACAUGUCAAGGCGCGACAUGGCCUGACGUAGCUGGUCAACGAUGUAUGCCAUGUGCCAGUGUUACUCCUCGAAAAGAUAAUGGAACAACUAUUUCAUGUUGCACCGCUAAUUCAACUGAUGAUGGUGUUUGUUUAACCUAUGUAACAGAUACGGUGACAUUUGCUUCUAGUUAUCUAAAUACAUUUAGCAGUUCAGUAUUAUCAACAUUUAUUCAACAACAUCUUAAAGCAUCGUUUUAUCUUUGUCGAAUGAAUUUAAAUUCAACAGCAACAAUGUCAAUACCACGUCUACUUCUAACAAAUGCAACAGCAUGCCAAGUGUUAGCAAAUAUUGCUGCAAUGCAAUUCUAUUUUGAUUCGUCUGGAUAUGCUUACACUUAUUAUAAUACCUACAUAUGGAAUCCAGCAGAUACACCAGCCAUUUGGACAAUUUCAACUCCUCGACCAUCAAUACCAUUUCUAGCUUAUCCAGAUAGUUAUUACACUGAAAUAACUAGUUCAACAUAUAAUUGGAUACCAGCAACGUUUAAUACAAAUGAUUUAAUAACAUUUAAAUUAGCUAAAUAUUCACCAACUGGACAAUUUAUUGGUCUAGUUGAUGUUAUUGAUACUUAUGUUCAACUAUGUGGUGGUGGAUAUACAGAUGGUCGCGCUGCUUUUACAUUCGGAACACAAUAUACAAAAUCAUGUAAUAUUCGAGUUGAUGCUUUAUGGAAUUCAUCAUUAUAUGAAACGGCUUUCUAUGAUCCAUAUAUUGUAUUUACAAAAUCUGGUGUUGAUAAUAUGUUACCUGGUUCUGUUGUUAUUAAAAAUUAUAAAACAGCUUCUGGUUCUCUUCCUAAUCAAGGGUCAAUUGAAUCGGCAUGGACUUACCAUCGUCGUUUUUUUCUACUCGAUCGUAUUUCAGGAGUUACAACCGGUGGCCAAUUAACCAGUAUCCGUUAUGCCAAAACAAUUACAAUCUUGAAUACAUUAUCAGAUGGAGGAUCGUAUAUUCAACCUCCAGCAGUUGUCGUUGAAUAUGGUGAAUUAUCAUUAUCUGAUUUUGGUACAGGAAAAGUUGUACAGGUUUCAUUUCAAUCUACUUAUCGAAUGAAUCUUGAUACACAUAUUCGUGAUAUAUGGAUUGCAGUUGGUGUUUUAGCUGGUAUAGGUGCUCUUUUUGCAUUUGUUCUAACAUCUGUUUGGCAACCACGAGCAGGAAAAGAUUUUAUUGAUUUAGGAACAAUUGGUAAAUUAUUCCUUUAUAUAUGUAAAAUUCUUGCAACAGUAUUUUUUAUUGUUAUGGCUGGGGUUUCAUUAUGGUGGUUAAUAUUUUUUAAAAGACAAGAUGCAAUUUAUCUUGUUUUGCCAACAAGUGUACAACAAAUAUCAUUUACUGUAUUAGUUGUUGUUGCAUUCGUACUUAAAACAAUUGAUAUUCUUCAUUUAAUUAUUUAUCAGGCUUAUAUGGAUAUAUUUUUUAUUGAUUGGGAAAAACCAAAAGCAGGAAAUGGAAAUACUGUUUCGGUAUGGCGAACAUAUUUUGCUGCAAAUGAAUUUCAUGAAAUUCAAACAUUUCGUCGUAUUAAUCUAACAUUUCAAAUAUUCUUUGUUUUAUUUUUACUCAAAGUAAUUAAUUUAGAAAAUGUUGCUACAGCACAACCAGGUGUCAGUCUUUUUCCAUCAGAUACUGAUUAUCAUCCUGGUUACAAUGGUAUUCUUCGUGUGGGAAUUGCAUUUUCGAUGUGGCUUGCAACAGCGCUUAUUCAAUAUGUGGUUUAUGUAAUAUUCUAUCAACGAUUUUUUGAAGAUCGUUUACUUAAUUUUAUUGAUUUAUGUUCUGUAUCAAAUAUAAGUGUUUUUAUUUUAAUCGAUCGAAAUUAUGGAUAUUAUAUUCAUGGUCGAUCACCACAUGGUACAACUGAUGUUAAUAUGAAAGAUAUGUUAAUAAAUUUAGAACGUGAAUCAAAUCAAAUGAGUGGUACACGUGGUUUACAAGCGAAAGCUAAUGAUCAAACAUUUAUUAUAUUAAUUGAUCAUAUAUUUCGUGCACAAUAUGAUUUAUUACUUCAAAAUUAUCAAGAACAUAUGCGUACACGUACAAUAAAGAAAAGUGCUGAAAAUUCUCUCGAUGUUUUAAUGAAAUCAUAUAAAAAUUUAAAUGAAUUUUUAUGUUCAUUUAUUGAUCAUGCAUUACCAUCACAUAAUUAUAUUGUUCGUGAUCGAACUUUCAUUGAAAAACUUCUUAAUUAUGAAUUUCAACAAGCAAUUCCAUCUGUUUUACAAGGUGAAAGUCGAAAUGUAUUCUUAGUUGAUGAAGACAAAAAUUUUUCAAAUGUUAUGUUUUCUGGUCACGAAAAUUCAUUACUUAUUUGGAAUAUGGCAACAUUUCUUUUCAUUGAUUACUUUGCAUUUAAUUAUGUUUUAGCAGCAAUUAUUACAUACAUACUUAAUUUCAUUGCCGUUAAAAUACGUUUGGCAUUAGGACGAAAAAAUUUAUCGACAAAAUCAUCAGUUCCAAAAGAUUUUCUUAUUUGA